AUGAUGCAAGUACAUAAGUAUAAUUAUUUAUAUUUCACCAUUGCAAUUAUCCUGAUAUCUGCUAUCAAUAUAAACGAGGUAUCGGGAUGUGAAUGUCCAGAGAAAGAUGCCAGGAAUUAUGUGCGUGUUGAUAUGGGUGUUCUGCAAGACGAUGGGCGAUUGAAAUGUUGGUAUGUGGCCAACGCUGGAGAUGAUCGUGGCAAUUUCACUUGUUCGUACUACGCUAACUGUAGUAUUUCGAAUGAUAGUGACGACAGAAAUUGCGUUACUGUGAUCAACGUGGGAAUAUCAACAGCAAUUAUGACAUCAUCCACAACAGUUACAACUGCAGUGUCAACGACAACGACAACGACAACAAACCAACUAUCGGGGAGUGAAAGGCUUCUAAGUAACAGUCGGACAAGCAUCUGCGCACUCACUGCUAUAAUUAUGCUCAUUUUAAAUAUAAAAUCUUCUGUUAUUGCUUGA